ACCAAAAAGGCUGUUAACUAAACGAUUAUAGGCUCAGACUCUGCUCUGGAUGUUGCUGGAAUGUUGCAUGUUUUGCAGUAGAGCAUGCCAACAUGCUGUGAAUCUGUCCUCUCAUCCACAGGGCUGAAGAAUGACCUCGAAACAAAGCUGUACGGGCAGCAUGUCGCUGCUGAGGUCAUCCUGAAAACCGUCACAGGCUUCAUGGAGAAUAAAAACCCAAAGAAACCGCUGGUUCUGUCCCUCCACGGCUGGACCGGAACCGGGAAGACCUUCGUGAGCCAGCUUAUAGCGGAAAAUAUUUACAAAAAAAAAAUGAAGAGCAGCUUUGUUCAUCUGUUUUCAGUGACAACACACUUUCCUCACAAGGCUCACAUUGACAAGUACAAGACGCAGUUACAGGAGUGGAUACGAGGGAAUGUCUCUAUCUGCCCACGUUCAAUGUUCAUCUUUGAUGGAAUGGAUAAAAUGCCCUUGGAGCUGAUCGACAGUAUAAAACCUUACCUGGAUUUCUCAGACAACCUGGACGGAGUGUCAUACAGACAGGCCAUCUUCAUCUUCCUCAGCAAUGCUGGGGGUAAGAUGAUCAAUGACGUGACUAUGAAAUUCUGGAGGGAUGGUAAAGAACGAGAGGAGAUCCAGCUGAAGGAUCUAGAGACGGUACUCUCACAGUCUGUCUUCAACAACGAAGACAGUGGUUUCUGGCACACUAGUUUAAUCGAUAGGCACCUGGUGGAUUUCUUCGUGCCGUUUCUUCCUCUGGAGUACAAGCACGUCAUUCAGUGUGGUUUGGGUGAAAUGGCCAGACAGGGUUUUACUCCAGAUAAUAAUGUGGUUAAAAGAAUGACUGAUGACCUAAUCUUCUUCCCUGAAGAGGAGCGCGUCUUCUCGCUCCAGGGCUGCAAGCUCAUUCCUAACAAAUUGCGCUUCUAUAUACCAUAACACACAGAAAAAGCAUCUCCAGUCUGUCAUUCUUCAUCAUUUAAAUUAAAUAUGUAACACAAAACACACAUGCACGAGCCUGAUGUAGGCUCCCCUCACUAAACAUUGGGUAACUUUUAAUUAGUUGAACUAAACAAAAUGGGAUUGUUUUUAUCAAGGUAUUAUAUUCCUUUAACGGAACUGGGAGUCCAUCAUAAUUGCUCAUAACAAGUUACCAGAAUAAUCAAAUAUAUACAAAAUACAAUUACAAUUAAUGGAAGAAGGAAGAAGAAUGACAAAUGAGCAUUUUUCCAAAUGAACAACUAAAAAUAUUUUAUGUAGGCUACUUUGUAGCUUUAACAUGAACAAGGGCUCUGCUGAAUAGUGCAAAUGUGAUUUUAUACAGCAGUUCAGUAAAAAAGAAGUUAAUAUUGUGUACAGUAAGGUUUACAUUUAUCAGUCGAUUUCAGUGGUUUGUGAUCUACAUGGAAUUAAAAAAUAACUCUGUCUCCAGUUUAGUUAGGCUUGGAAAAUUAUAAAUUUUCGUUAGAAAUUGUGAAAGCUUACACUUGUCACGCUUGUUGAUUUGGCUAUUUUUUUCUGGUAACAAUUCUAAUAUUAAUGUAGUAUAACUGUGAUGUAUACAUGUAAUAUAAUCUAAUGUACAUUAAAUGAA